AUGGUCUACUACGUUCCUAUCUGGGCAAUUCGUGGUCUUAGAGCCGUACGCUCCGGUAUCGACUCCCUUCCGAUAAUUUUAUCGAAUGUUGCUGGGAUUAUAUUAUGUGGUGGAUCGACGACUCGUCUAGGAUACGUCGUGCCCUUUUUCAUCAUGAGCAGCAUCAUCAUGUCUAUCGGGGCGGGUCUUAUCACAACAUUCACAGUGGACGUGUCUCAAGCUACGUGGAUCGCAUACCUAUUCCUCUAUGGCCUCGGUGUAGGAUGUGGGUUCCAGCAGGGUGCAGUUGCUUCACAAACCGCAUUUCCCUUGUCCAAGGUGUCUAUUGGCACAGCGAUUGUUAUGUUCAUCCAGACGCUUGGUGGGGCAUUGUUCGUCGCUGUCGUGCAGAAAGUACUUACGAAGGAGCUAAUCCUCAACCUUUCUUCUGCGAAUGUGGCAAACGGCGGAGCAACAAGUGUUAGAUCCAUCUUCGGUGACUCUAUUUUGCCAGAGGUCCUUGUGGCAUACAACGACGCGCUGGUAAGGUCUUUCAACUUGCUCUCCUCAUGA